UUUUAGAACUUAAUAAUAAAGAAUUAUGGACAAUAUCAAAAAUAUGGUGUACAGUAGUAACCCAAUGAUGCUGCCUGAUAGCAUGCUAAUGGUGAAUCUGAUGCUUCAUAUAACUCCUCUGGCUCCUAUUCCAUUCUCCAGUGCAAGAACAGAGAAUGUCCAAACAAAGGAACAUAAUGGAGCUUUGAGAUUGCACCCUGCAUUUGAAGAGUUGCUAAAAAUUUGAGGAUUCUGUCCAUGAGAUCUUUCUUCUAAGUUUGAAAUCCCUCCUCUGAACGAAAUUGUAAGAGGAUUUAUAAAGGAAGAAAGAAAUGGCCUAGAAAGAGAGCAAGAGUCCGAUAUCACUCAUUCUGACAGCUCUAAGAAGCAUACAACUAGCUCGGAUAGAGCCAUUUCAGACCCUGGCCAUCGUGAAGGCGAUGAGAAACUGCUCCAUUUACAUCCUCAUGAGAUAAUUUACUGUUUGAACCCCAAGACAGGCAGAAAAGUUAAGAAAAUAACUUGCAAAAUUGAUGGCUGCGGGAAAACGUUUGAAAAGAAAUGGAAUUUUAAGGACCAUAUUAGAGUCCAUCUUGGUCAAAAGCCUUACCAAUGUAAGAUCUGCCAAAGAGGAUUUAUCCAAAAAGGCAAUCUUACUAAACACAUGAAGAAGCAUAAUGAGGGAGGCCUUCAUUCAAGAAAAAUUCAUAAGUGCGAGUUUUGCUCAAAAAGAUUCACCGAAAAGUACAAUAUGAAGAGCCAUAAGAAGAAAUGCAAACUAGCCAGAUCAUAAUUUUACGAUCACCGAUAGAGUGUUUGACGAUACAGACAGCACACUCUUUAUUCCGAUUGGAUGUACUCAGUAUAUCCCUUUACUAUUCCGA